AUGAUGUUGAAGACUCAGCCUUUUGGUUACACUUUUAGUGGUUCAUCUCACAAGAUCAAUGCUCUUCUGUUCGCUGAUGACGUUACCCUAGUAUCAAAGUUGCCUUCUGGUUUACAGCGUUUGUGUAAUAUUGUGUCUGACUGGUGCCAGUGGUCCCAACUGACCAUUAAAAUGUCCAAAUGCAGCUGUUUAGGUCUGAGUUUUAAACCCAAAUUCCAUCUUCGUGAUCCUUCGGUUUCAAUUUCUAAUGAGUCUGUUCUCUUUCUUGGUUCUGAGUCUUUCAUUUUCCUUGGAAUGCCAAUCAAUGGAAACUUGUCUGAUGAUAAUUUCAAAUCUUCUCUAAUAAGCAAGGCAAAGACUUUGAUGCAGAAAUUGGAUAAUUGCCCUGUUAGUUGCCGUCAAGCAUAUAAUAAAUCGUAUAGCAACAGAUUCUCUGCUUUUAGAGAAGAAGCAAAGUCACUACCUGAAACACCAGGUGCUUCAGCAGCAAAAUUGAGUGACAUCACCAAAUCAAGACUAAAGGAGGAACACCAAGAACAACUUCUUGCAAGAACUAAGAAUCUACAUGUUCAGGGCUCCAUCUUUCGUCUAGAAAACUGUUCAUCUGACGUCUGGGCAAAUGUUGUCUCUUGUCUUCCCGGUCAUCAACUUUCUUUUGUUCUCAAUGCCAUUUCUGAUACCCUCCCUUCAAAUACUAAUCUUGUCUUAUGGAGUAAACGUUCUUGUGAUAAAUGUCUUCUAUGCCAUCAACGUCAAACCCUUUUUCGCGUUCUCAAUAAUUGCUCAGUCCUCUUAAAAUGUCGUCAUUACAAUCAACGUCACGACUCUGUUCUCAGUCUUCUCUAUAAUGCGGCUAUUAACCAUCUACCACAUCAAUUCAACAUCUUUGCUGAUUUAAAAGACUGUGAAGUAAAAUUUCCAUCUGACAUCAUUCCUACUGCACAAAGGCCUGACAUGUUGAUUUGGAAUAAUCAUAAGCUCAAAUUUUAUGUCAUAGAACUAACAAUCCCUUUCGAAACAAACUUUUUUGAUGCAAAUAAAAGAAAAUCAGAACGGUAUACAGACUUCAUGAUGACCAUCAAAUCAAAAGGCUUCACAUGUAACCAACUAAAUAUUCAAAUAGGAUCUAGAGGCUUUAUUGAUACUCCAAGUCUUCUCCCCUUCCUUGAUGUCAUCUCUAUUCCUCCUCACAAUCAACGUCAACUAUUAUCAUCAAUCGUAAAAGUGACAAUUGAAGAAUCUCUUAAAAUAUGGUUAGCCAGAAACAAUAUCUAGUUCUGUUUAUCCUAGUUUAGUUAUUUUAGUUGUACAUUACUUGUGAGAGCUUUUACUAUUACUUUACUGGCACCGCAUUAUUGUUAAGUGUGAUGGCCAUGUGGUA